UAGAUCUCUGCGAAUAAAGACGGAGCCAAAACGGUCAGAGUCUUUCAGCUGCUUGGCCCUGUCGAGUAUGAGCUUCCGGACAUCAUCAUCACAAACUUUGCCUCUGUAAAGGUCAGUUUCCGAGGGGAUUCGGACUACAUCAGUCAGAGAAACUUUCUGGUGAAUGAGGAAAUCAGUCACCUGUUCGAAAGCCUGUACAGCAGCAUUAGCUGAGCGGGCCCCCAGGCCUCGAAUGACCAGGGAAGACCUGCGCUUUUGCUGCUCCUGCAGCUCACGCAGCUCCUCUCGAACAAUUUUCCUGUACUCAGAUGAGGCUGAGGCGGGAGGGACAUCAGGGUUAGCUGGUGGUCUGGGGACUUCACGUUGGGCAGCACCGGGAGUGGCAGCAGCGUCAGGCACUGGUGGGUUGGAGGCAGACAGGCUAGGCCAGGACGGAUCCGGUGGAGGCCCGGCACGUAUCAGGCCAAUCUCCGCCUUCAACUGCUGCACGACAGAGCUCAUUCCAUAUACACAACAGACAAUGGCCUCCAGGAAGACAUCAGGAAAAGGGAGCCUGAAAUACCCAGUAUUUGUGUUUCCAUCAGCAUUAAAUUUUUACAUGGAUGAUCCAGCAAGUCUCAAGCAAGUGAUCACUCUUUACAACCCGUAUGACAUAGGGAUCACUUUCAAAGUGUAUGCCAACCAGCCAUCCAAAUACAAGGUGAUGGACCCAAUCGGUUCCAUCAAGGCCAGGUGCUGCAUCGACAUCGUAGUGCGUCACGUCAGUCCCAGCUUGCAAAACGUCAACGUCAGCGACAAAUUUCGGGUGGACAUUGUCGAGGUCGGCCAGAAAGAAUUGAUCGGCCGCACCUACAUCCCGUCCACCCUGCUGCCGGGCCGGCCGCCAGCUGACGACCAGGACGAGCUCGAGCACGAACAGGAGCGGGAGGGCUUCCACUCGGCACUGCAGGAGGCCAGACUAACCACCGGCGGACAGCAGGCGGCCGCCGACGUUGCGCGAGCCGCCAGAGAGAUGAAAGGCGCCUACAACACGUCGGAGGUGAGCCAGCACCACUGUCUGGUGGUGGGUGCCGCGCUGGUCUGUAUCGCCGCCCUGCUGCUACCCACCGCCGGCGAGACGACCCAGUCGCUGGUGCCGCCGCAGCUCCACCUCAGCACACAGGUUAAACUGGCCUUCGCCUACGGCCUGGGUCUCCUCACCAUGGCCCUGCUGCGCCCCGCCUGAGACCAGGCGAGGUGGGCCCGGCGCGAACCGCCCGGCUGGAGACGCGUGGAUCGGUCAGUUCAGGCUUGGACACCUAUAUUUAUCACUGGGGACAGUUGACCGGAUAGACCUGAUUGGGGGAGGCUAUCCGGCUGAUUUGACAAUGAAUUGACAAGAACCUAGCAGACAAAUAGUUCAGAUUUGGAGCGUCAAGAAAGCUGAAACGGGCAUCGAAUCUCCCUAUAACGUUUGAGGCUGAGCUUCUAUAUAAAAAAUGCAGUCUUAACCGUUGGGAGAAGGGAUCAAAAUUACCGUUUGGAGAAGGGAUCAAAAUUGUGUACUGAUUUUGAGUAUCGGGUAGUCACGGCCUUGUAUGAGGAACUUCGCCGAUCUGGUGAUUAGAGCGGCCCGCAGCCAUACAUACGAGUACUGCCCUGCAUCCAUACGCCGUAUGUGAUUUGGUAGAGACCUCUGAUGAUUUUGGUGACCCCGAAUGUGGUAUUGCGGGGUGAGCUACUCGAAUGACGGGACGGCUGAAAUGAGAGGGGCCCGAAACGAUGCGAUAAUGUUACGAUCUUCAGCGUCACGAUAUUGUAUCUUACUGACGCGUCGACAUUUAUUGGCGAGUAGCUAAAUGGUUGUAAUUAUUGCGUGAGUCUUAUUUUCCGCACACGGUAAACCUGCUUUAACAGUUUUAAUACACGUAAAGAUAUGUAAUUACAAUGUAUUAUUUGUAGUGGAACCGCUGUAAAGUUGUGUCCUCGUUCUAUUCAAUUACUGAGUACGCGCUUGCGUUAUUGUGACUGUAUUUCGUAUGCAAUGCGCGUCAAGAGUAGUUUUAAUUGGGAAGCAUUCUGUGUAUAUAUAGACGGGUGUUCGUAAUAUUUAUUCCUGAAUAGAUAGUGUCUUAUGAAUUCGGCCAGACGUCGUAAGCCCAGUGCUUCAGGAAAGUUUCCAUUUGAUUUCGAAGCGAUCGCUUCUGAUUGAAUGAUGUCCGUUACUUUUCAAUCACCUUUUCAGUGCAAGAAAGUUCGUAGCCACAAUGUACUGAAAUUUUAUCAAUGCUUUAGAUGCUAGUAUGUAGCUAUGAUCGAUUACAUUCUGAUGGCGCGAAAUGUUGAGUACCAUAUGUUCACUCGUUGACAACAUUGUGUUUGCGCGAGUGUUGUAUUAUGUUCCGCCAGGGUUGCAUUAUGUAAUGGCGAAGGCGUAUUUUCGGCCGGGAACGAGCACAUGUCACGUGUGCAGUCCCCAGUGCAGCCCCCGCUAUCCCGUGUGAGAAAACCUGUCUCAAUCAUGUCUGUAUGUGCCGGCGCCUGUACCGCCGCUGCCGCUCGGCAGCCGUGUCCGACUCGACUUCUGUAUGCGGGCGGAGGCGCUGAACGUGUCAGUGGGCGGUGUCGGGUGCCCAGGCUGUGAAUGACCGUCGGUAGGGGUCCGGCCGCACCCCAGACAGUCUGUAGGGGUCCGGGUGCACCCGCGACCGGAGGUGUCUCGCCGUGUGGUUACUGAGAGUAGAGGGCUCAGCGGUCCCCAGUCGGGAUUCGAACCGGUGUCGGUGGAGCUGGAGGAUAUUUUUCAUCAGGGUGAACUGAAAUACACAUAGACUGUGUUCGCA